UGCCAGGGUUGCAGUGUGUGACAGUCCUCUCUGGAAUGCUGUGACUGACAAAAGUCUCUUUUACUGCUGUCACUGCGACUCUGAGAUACGCCACCUCUAUUCAAGAAAUAUCUCCACUGCGUGGGAAGAAAUACAGAGGUUUAAGAGACCCUUUGACCAGAUUUACACUCCUGCUGUGGAGCUCAAGAUGAGUAAAGCAACUCUCACUGCUGUCUUUAUUGUAUUUCUACUGACUUCCAGUGGAGCAAAGCCAAAUGGAAAGAACAAAAAGCCAAAACAAGCUGUGCCAGCAAUAGAAUGUGAUAUGCGGGCUGGGAAGAUCAUUCUCCCAGAGUUUAUUGUCAAGUGUCCAGCUAACUGCAGGGAGACCAAGGAGAAAGUGUAUGGGACAGGUGUAUUUGCCUCCAUAUCCAGUAUCUGCAAUGCUGCCAUUCACAGUGGUGUCAUCACUAACUCUGGAGGAAAGGUAAUUGUGAUGAAGAUGGCAGGACAGACGAUCUACAAGGGUAGCUUUGCCAACGGUGUCCGCUCUCUGUCCUUACCCAACUGGAGAGAAUCCUUUUCUGUCUCAGUGGGUAAACCAAAGAAUGGGGUGACCUACCCAUCCACUCUGGUCUUUGUAUCCUCAAGACACACCACAGUGAAAACAGGUGAUCCCAAAGACCUGACGUACUCCACAGCGUCGCCUGUGACUGAGGCUCUAGAGGCGGAGCCGAGCUCUACUGCAGCUCCGCCCACAACCACUCAUGUGACCACACCCAUCACCACAUCAGCCAAGCCACGGGUCACCACCGUUCAUAAAGUCCGUGAGGCAGUUUUUCAGUACCCUAUAGAAAUGAGCAUCCUGUCUGGACGAUAUGGAGCAGGACAGUCCCAGAGCGCCCAAGGAAAGGGUCCUGCGCAAGCAUUUAGAGGCAGCUCCAUCUAUGCCAAUAGGUUUUCACCCCGCACAAACACAGGUGUGCACAGACAAGAGACGAGCACCACGAUCAGAAGACAGCUGCAUGCUUCCUCAGCUUCAGCAGCUUUGAGUCGGGUGCAGCCACAGUCUGAGAGGAAGCAGCACACGGCACAGUCUAAUCCCGCAUUUGCAAGAAGAGAUUGGCCGCACCCUGCGUACGCACGACCUGAUUGGUUCUCUGGCACCAGAAGACCAACAGAUAGUAGCCCCUCUGUGCCAAACACAGACUAUAAACGGAGCAGGAUGAGUACUGGUGACCCCACAGCUCUUGACCCAAGGCCUGAUAACACAGAGUAUGAGCACUGGCUGUAUAACUUUGGACAGUAUUCUCCUGCGCCAGAAGAACACAAGCCUCCAUCUAAGACGAGCCCCACCAGAGGUUUCAACGCUCGAGGACAUGACUUAACAGCCAGAGCUCCUGAACUCACGUCUCAAGGAGAUCCAAACUGUAAAGUUGAUAUUGCAUUCCUCAUGGAUGGCAGCUGGAGCAUUGGGAAACGCCGUUUUAAGAUUGAGAAAGACUUCCUUGUGGAGGUUUCUCAGGUUAUCAAUGUGGGUGUAGCUGGACCCAUGAUGGGCAUCAUUCAAUAUGGGGAUGAUCCGGUCACAGAAUUCAGUCUAAAACAGUUCUCCAGCUCCAAGGAUCUGAAGCCGGCCAUCAGCAAAAUAGUCCAGAAGGGUGGUCUGUCCAAUGUAGGAAAGGCCCUCUCCUACAUCAACGAGCAUUUCUUCAGUGAUGCUAAUGGGAACAGAGGUGGGGCGCCCAAUGUGGCUGUGGUCCUGGUGGACGGCUGGCCCACUGACAAAGUGGAGGAGGCCUCGCGUCUGGCCAGAGAGUCAGGUAUCAACAUCUUCUUUGUCACCAUCGAGGGCCCAGAUGAGAAUGAAAAACAGAACGUUGUGGAGACCAACUUUGUUGACAAGGCUGUGUGCAGAACCAAUGGCUUCUUCUCGCUCCCUAUCAUGAGCUGGUUCGCUUUGCGCAAAGAAGUGCAGUCUCUGGUGAAGCGCGUGUGCGACACAGACCGCCUGGUGUGCAGUAAGACCUGCCUUAACGCCAACGACAUCGCCUUCGUCAUCGACGGCUCCAGCAGCGUGGGAACCGGGAACUUCCGCACCGUGCUCCAGUUCGUCGCAAACGUGACGCAGGAAUUUGAGAUCUCAGACACGGAUACACGUGUAGGAAUUGUACAGUACACGUACGAACAGAGGCUUGAGUUCGCUUUCGGUCAACACAACAACAAAGCUGAUCUGCUGAAUGCUAUCAAGCGUAUAAACUACUGGAGCGGAGGCACCAGCACGGGAGCUGCCAUCACAUUUGCUGCAGAUCAACUGUUCAGCAAAUCCAAACCCAACAAGCGCAAGAUCAUGAUUGUCAUCACGGAUGGACGCUCCUACGAUGACGUGCGGGCCCCGGCUCUGGCGGUUCAUGGUAAAGGUGUGAUCGCGUACUCCAUUGGUAUAGCCUGGGCAGCACAGGACGAGCUGGAAUACAUCGCCACCGACCCCGACAGAGACCACUCUUUCUUCGUGGAUGAGUUUGACAACCUCUACAAGUAUGUAUCAAAGAUUAUUCACAACAUCUGCAACGAGUUCAACUCCCAGCCACGUAACUGAACCAGGCCUACCGAUGGAAAUGGCAGAAUGUCACCAAAAAUCCAAGGAGUAAGUGCAUUACCACACAGUUAAUUUAGGAUACUGUCGUUAGAAACCUUACUUUCUGGAUUAAAAGCUUAGAGGACGGCAGCAUGUUUCCAGAUUUGAUUCUUUUUUUUUUUUUUGUGCAAUUCAAACCAAAUACAAAGAUGGCACUGGAUGUGCGUUUGGUGAUUUUGGAUUAACGUGUGAUGGACUUCACAGAGUUACAGACUUUCUGACAUGCACAUCCAAAGAGGUAUUAGAGAAAAGAAUUGCUUGAUUUAUGCAUAAAUGGUUUCAGUUAUAGACUAUUUAUAUUUUACAUGCUGAACACAAGAAAUUAAAAAUUAUAUAAAUUAUCAAUAAUAUCUUUGUUCAUAUGGAAAGCUUAUAGCUAAUUGUCUGCACAAGACAAAAAUGUUAAUAAGUUACAGAGAAUAAAACUACAAUUAAAGAAAAAUGGCCAUAUUUCAGAAGCUUAUGUUGUGUGGUUCUAACAGAAUGGUUUCUU